AUGUGGGCCAUGCAGGUCUCGAAGGACCAAGGUAAUCUAAGAGACAAGAUAUUUGUAGUUCUAAGAGAUACUGAAAUCCAUCAGUGCGAUCUUGGUUACCAUUGUGGCCAAUGUGUGCGUGGGCAGUGGAAUUGCACACGAGAGGUGCCGAAGUUAAAAAACAUUAAUGCCUUUGGAAUGGGACGAUUCAAGUUAUCGACGGGGACCUCCAAAAUAAGACCUGAAUUCGAUUUUACAUCCGAUCCCAAAAGAGCCAUUUUGGCAGUCACACCACAUUUGUCGGAAGCGCUCGACUCCCGAGCUCUGUGUUACUUCCGUGCUAGUUUUGUGGUCGGCCAAUUACGGUCUUUCGUUUACCUCGAGGACUUCUACCAGAACGGAAGAGAUAUGAGCGACUGUCUUUCACUCAGCAUUCAAUCUGUGGGAAUCGCGUGUCUAGCAAGGAACAGCCAUUCCCAAGAGCUGGAAGCAGUCGCUAGAAAAACUUAUGCAUCGGCUCUCCAAUCCCUCAAUAAGUCCCUGAGUUCCCAUAAACUCACAAAGCAAGACAGUACCCUAUCUUCGGUCAUGGUGUUAAACCACUUCGAAGGACUCCUACCAUCGAAGAACUCGACGACACAGGCAUUGUCAAGCCAUCUUCAGGGGGCCUCCGCGCUCCUGAAGAUUCGUGGACCUGAGCAUUUCAGAUCUAGGAUUGGUUUGGAUCUCUUCGCCCACUUCACCUCGUACAUCACGCUUAUUUGUGCUCAACAUGAACUCCCAAUACCAGCAGAGUACUUGGAACAAGAAACAUAG